UUCAAUCUCCCCCAUGAAGGACCCGACCCUUUGCUAAAUCCAAAACAGAAACAAAACAAAAUCUUGUAUUUUCUCUGUGUCUUUCGCUUAAUUAGGCUUCUUUAACCCUUUAAUUACUUAAGUUUUGCAUCAUGCACUGUUUUCCGUGUUUUUCUGUGCCAAAGUGUAAAAAAUAUUCAAGUACGAAUGAGGCUAACGACAACGAAGCCAGACCGCAUGAAAGGAGACGAUCAGAUGAAACAGAGCAAUUAGAAGGAACGACGCUAAAAACAUUCACUUUCCGAGAAUUAGCGACGGCGACAAAGAAUUUCCGGCAAGAGUGUUUGCUAGGAGAAGGUGGAUUCGGUAGGGUUUACAAAGGAACCCUUCAAUCUACUGGCCAGGUGGUGGCUGUAAAACAACUAGACAAGCAUGGAUUACAUGAGAACAAAGAGUUUAAAGCUGAGGUUUUGUCAUUAGGCCAAAUCGAUCAUCCGAAUCUUGUUAAGCUUGUAGGUUAUUGCGCCGAUGGAGAUCAAAGGCUUUUGGUCUAUGAUUAUGUCUCUGGAGGUUCCCUUCAAGACCAUCUUCACGAGCCAAGAUCAGACGGCCAACCGAUGGACUGGACAACGAGGAUGAAGAUCGCGUAUGGUGCAGCGCAAGGGCUUGAUUACUUGCACGAUAAAGCGAAUCCACCUGUGAUAUAUCGAGAUUUGAAAGCUUCAAACGUUUUGUUGGACGAUGACUUAUGUCCUAAGCUUUCUGACUUUGGCCUGCAUAAGCUAGGACCAGGGACAGGUGAUAAGAUGAUGGCUUUAUCUUCUCGAGUAAUGGGAACUUAUGGUUACUCCGCACCUGAGUAUACGCGAGGAGGAAAUCUGACUAUGAAGUCAGAUGUCUACAGCUUUGGAGUUGUGUUGCUUGAGCUCAUCACGGGUCGAAGAGCUCUUGAUACUACUAGGCCUAAUGAUGAACAGAACUUAGUUUCUUGGGCGCAACCGAUAUUUAGAGAUCCGAAAAGAUACCCGGAUAUGGCAGAUCCAGUUCUGGAGAGGAAAUUCUCAGAGAGAGGGUUAAACCAAGCAGUGGCAAUAGCUUCAAUGUGUGUGCAAGAGGAAGCAGCAGCUCGUCCUUUGAUAAGCGAUGUAAUGGUUGCACUUAGCUUCCUUUCCAUGUCUACCGAAGACGGUAUUCCCACAGCAGUUCCUAUCUUAUCCUUCAGGGACAAGAGCAUCUCUAUAGCCUUAAGCCGGCAUGAUUCAAAUCUUGUUUCUCCUCCUCCUGAGCUAGCAACGGAAGAUGACAAGUCUAGUAUAUCAUCAGGUGAAGAAUCAUUUUUGGACAGCGUAAAGGAGACUGUGAGCAAGAAGAAAAAGCAUGAGAAUGAAGGUAGCUCGACGGAAUCUGAUGAUGGGUCUGAUCCCAACUCAGAUGAUGAACAUGAAAAGGAACAAAAAGGUCCCCCACCAAAGCCUAUUGAUGAGAAGAACCCAGCGCAGAGCUUGAAGAUAAAGUAUAGAUAUAGCUGGGAAGAAGUUGAUGUCAAUGAUGACAAGCUAAGCAGUAAGAGCAGCCAGAAAUCCACUGAUGAGAGCAUUUCUUCGCGCUAUGAUAGCGACAGAGAUCAUGAUGAUUCACCAAGGAAAGAGGAGAAUGAGAACAAAGAGGAAGAGGAAAAGCAUACUCAUCUUGAACACGUUCAUAGCUCCAAAACUGAUGAUGAUCAAAGUGUUUACUUUGAUGAUGAUGAUGAUGAUUCAAGGUCAGGAGAUGACGGUGAAGCCUCUUUGCGUCGGAUAAAAUCAGAGGAUAAGAUUGAUUCUAUUGAAUAUGCCAAUGAAGCCUCUUUGCAUCAGAUAAAAUCAGAUGAUGAGACUGAUUCUGUUGAAGAUGCCAAUGAAGUCUCUUUGCAUCAGAUAAAAUCAGACGAUGAGACUGAUUCUGUUGAAGAUGUUAAUGAAACCUCUUUGCAUCAGAUUAAAUUUGAAGUUGAGAUUGAUUCUACGGAAGAUGCCAAUGAAGCCUCUUUGCACCGGAUAAAGUCAGAGGCUGAGAUUGAUUCUACUGGUGAUUGAAACUUUCUUCCUGAUUUCCUAUUCAUCUAUUGAAGCUAAAGACACUAAGAGUUUGAAUCUUUUUGGGAUUUAUUUUUGGGGGAAAACUCUCAUGGGAAUAUGAAAACAUAUUUUUAUGUUAUU